AUGGAUUCUGAGAAAGAUGUGCCUUUAAGGAAAUAUGGAAACAUCGAGUACCGGUGCAGUCCUGAAGCUAGUCGUAUAACUACUAAUAAGGUGAAUCCAUUUGAUACUGUUGGAAACUACCACGAGAGACGUUUGAAAGACAAACUACAGAAAAAGAACAAUGGUCAAAUUGUAAAUAUAUAUGAUCACGCAGAUGCAUCCCCACUCAAUGCAAGUGUAACAUCAAGUAAUAUUAAAAGCGCACAAGAAAUUAGACAGGAACUUAUUGAAGAUGUUUUCACAAAUCAUCCAUAUACAGGGGAACCGAUCGCUGCUAGUUACAAACGAUCAGAUAAAAGCAUAUCGCAGCCUGCUUUUAAUCUACCAAAUAAGUACUCAGGAAAUCUUCCUGCUGCUGUGCGAAACAUGCCCAAAAGUUCCAGUUUUAGACAUGUUGGGUACAACAACUAUGAUCAAAAUAACAAACACGAAUCUUUUACAAGAAAUAUCAUCAACAAACACAGUGUAAUAGAUGAAAAUACAUACCCUCAAAAUGUUACAAAUAUCAGUCCGCCACAGAACAUGUAUAAUGAAGAGUACGUUAUAAAAACUAUGCAACGACACGCGAGAUUGCAGAAAAUUGUGAGAAAACUAGUCGUAGAACGUCAGAAGGAAAAACAGAGAGAAGCGUGGAAUAACUACAUUAAUGAAUUAAAAAAUAAACAUAUGUACUAUAGCAACGAACCGACUAGAAUCGCUCCACAAUAUGUACCGAAUGAGGAUGAGUUUACUGAAGACUUCUGGAAUACGAGGUACGGCUAUCCACAGAAUGAUCAACGUCAAAGUAUAUUGAAUAGUCUUUACGGAGGAUAUAGAAGUGACUAUCGAGAUAAAUAUGGUACCAGAUAUGAUACUGUACCCAGUCAGCGUCCUACACAUUAUUAUGAAAGUAAUCCCUACUGCUAUCCUACGGCCUCACAAGGUCGUCUCAUGAUGUUAAACAGAGAAAAACAGCGUUUCAAUUCAAUGCCACGACCAUUAAAUAAAUAUAAAUCUGUUGUAGUCGACCGAGACUUAAAUAGACGAUGGUAUGAUAAUAAUAAAAUGAAAUAUAACCGAACAUUUCCAAAUAUACAAACAGAUAUGAAAUAUUUGAACACACAAGGGGUUCUUACCGAAGAGACAAAUAAAGAGUAUAAUACGAGAGAUGCCUUCAGAAAAUUGUUUAAGAAACAGGAGUUUAAAAUGGCGACUUUGAAAGAAAAAAUACUUCAGACAGACAAUCCAAUGGAUAAGCCGUUGGAGAACAUCGAGCAAAAGCUGGACAUUUUGAUAAACUCAGUUAACUCGGUGAUUGUAGAAAUAAAAGAGCAGAAAGAUCUAAAUAAAAUCAAAUGUCCUGUUACUAAAUCGCGUUCCAUAUCUUGUACCUUGAAGAAACUUUCAGAUUUGGCUUUGAAUAAAACUAAAAGUGAAUCGUAUGUAUUUCAAAAUGAUAAUGACAUUUUAUAUACAACAGUUUUACAGAAUAACACUAGAAAUGUAGUACUUACUGAAAUUGGUACCAGUACACCCCACUUCGAACAAGUCAACGAUAACAAAAUAGCGAGAAUAAUAGAAGAGGAGAUGGAGAAAAGCGAGAAAAUAAGGAAAGACAUUGAAGAGCUACUUCACACGAAGUGUAAUAGGCAGUGCUCUGUGGAAGUAGAGUUUGAUGUUCCAACGAGGGAGGUGUCCACGUUUGCUGCAAAUUCUCUGCCCCAAGCACAAUACUGUGUCGAACCAGAAAGAAAGAUAAAUUUUAUAAGAACCCAGGUCCAAGGAAACAGUAAGCAAAUGACGAUAGCUGUAAACACGGAUCCUCUGGGCUUGUGUGCAUUGAUGCAGGUGUCGGCUGAGACUAUCAAGCAGUUGCUUUCAUAUAUGCUGAACAUGAACUAUGAGUCGUACAUGCCUGAUGGCCAACAGCGGAGGCGACCAUGCAGAACUUCGCAUUUUAUAUGUAAUAUUUGCGGAGAAACGUUUGCCAGAGCGUCACAGCUCAGCGAUCAUGUUGAAAGCCACUAUUUGGGAAGGAGGAGGAAUUGUUGUGUCUGUCGCCACGUCCUGAACAUGAGAAAAGAUCGCAUCGGUUUGUUUAGCUGUAAAUAUUGUGGGCAAAAGUUCACCAGGGCCUACUGCUGCGAGCUACACCAACAAGCUUGUGCUAAACUAUUCGGAAGAAAACACGAUGUACAGUCUAAUUUGAUGCUUCUGAGAUAG